GGAGGAUUUAGGAUUGGUCGAAGAGGGGGGGAGAAGGAAAAAUGGACGCGGCCCAGAGAACCUGCAACAAAGCAAAAAAGGAGUUGGGUCGAGCCGUAUGCUCUCGACUCGAAGGAUUGGCCUACGCGGUCUCAAUCAGCAAUGGAACUAUGCGUUGAAUGCUAGUCGUAUCUCUUCAAUACGAGCAUUUGCAGUCAAGCCUCCAACGGGAAUGACCGAAGGCGAGCGACAUAUAUUCGACCUCUUGAAUGACAAAUUGGAUCCAAAAACAUUGGUCGUACAAGACGUGUCUGGUGGUUGUGGAGAAUUCUAUGCCUUGCAAAUUUCAAGCAAGGCGUUCAACGGGUUGACCAUGAUUAAGCAGCAUAGACUAGUUCAAGAGCUGCUCAAAGAAGAGAUUAAAGGAUUUCACGGCAUCCAG